CCUUCUGCAACAUCGACAUCAUGUAAACAAUGCUUGUCGGUACGGCAGGGGCAGAGUCCAUUAUCAGUACAAAUGUACAAUUGGCCGCUAGCUUCACUCUCACAUCAUUGCGGGCUGCCGCCUGUGCGGCCUUCGGCCGGCCUGCGUUGCAUGGACGCUACAUUUAGCUUGCACCAUGGCAUGCGUUCGGCCGAGUACAACAAACCGCGCGCCCUACCGCUAGAGCGCUGGCCUUUUUCUUCGUCGUCUUUUCUCCAGAAGGAGCAUCGCAAUCCUUGUUCGGCUUACGCCAAGCGGCCAGAUGGGUUGAUCUACCUAGAUGGAGGGUUCGUCCUCAACAUGGUGGACAUCUUAGGAUGCAACCGCUGCCAGUGUGAUGCCAUGCCAGGCCACAUACUCCCUCCAAAUAAGGGAAUACUGCCUCCUCGAUGGUUUUCUGAAAGCCUUUCGUUCCUAAACAUCGUCAGGGGUUAAGUACGGCUGCGAUCCGAUUCGCCCAAACUUACUUUUCAAUCACAUGGUGGCUGGCUUGUCGAGUCUCCGGAGAUGGUGUUCAGGUUGACUGACCGGCAUCAGCCAACGAGGAAAC